AUGGUUGGCAGGAGAGAAAUGAAAUAUGGUAUAAGAGGUUCGAUGUCAUUGGCAAAUGCCCUUAUACGUCCAGAUCGUUUUGAUGUACACAAUUUUGAGAUAGCAUUAAAUGGUGCUAUUUGGUAUUUAAAAGCAGAGGAUGAAAGUAAACGUAAUUUAUGGGUAGAAUAUUUAAAUGAACAGGCUGGUCCAUAUAAUGGUCCAAAUUUUUUAAAAAAAAAAGAAAUAGAAUGGAAGAAUGAGGUUCCUAAUAAUGUGGAUGUGCCGUUCUCAAUGGAUAUAAAAAAUACAUUGGAUAUGAUGAAAAAAUUAUCAGCACAUGAAAGUAAUGUAUCAUUAAAAUUUUGUAAUUUACAAAGUCAUGUAGAAGAGUUAAUAAAUUUUGUCAUUGAGUAUUCUAAAGAGACAAAUAAACAAAUACCAUUUAUUUACAAUCUAAAAAAUGAAAUAGUUGACUUUAAGGAGAACCUUUGUCUUUUAUCAAAUAUGGUUGAUGAGGUAACUAAAAAUUGUCAAAAACGGGAAAAUAUUAAUAAUAAUAAUAAUAAGAGUUGUAAAAAUGGUAAAAAUGAUACUAAUGAUAAUAAUGAGGAAGUAACAAUAAAUACACCAAUAAAAAAUAUACUCAACAAUACAAUUCAAAACCCAUCAUCUUCCUUAUCAGUAUUCUCUGAUACAGAGGAUGAAUUUUUUGAUACACAUACCUUCAAUAGUGAUGGAGAGGAAAAUGAAGGUCAAUUAGAAACUGGAAUUAAUUGUACAAAUCUCAAAGAUACAAAUAAUUGUAAAGAAAAUGUAACCAAAGUAAAUAAUCAGAUGCCAAAUAAAAUAAAUGAUACUAAUUCUUCAUUAUGGGAAAUUGUUAAUAAAAUAACACUUGAACAAUUAACAGCAGCCAGGGAGUCUGUUGAUGAAGGAAAAUGGGAAUUAUUUACUCAUUCUGGUCCUAUGAAAAUGUAUAAGAUGGAUAUGGAGAUUGAUGGAAUGAUAUGUGAUCCAUUAAAAGCAUAUCAUUAUGUUAAUGGUGUUACUGCUAAAGAAUUUUUAAAAUAUUUUUAUGAAUUUGAAUAUAAAAAAGAAUGGGAUGAUACAUUAGUUAAAGGAACUUUAAUUGAACAAGUAUCUCCUGAUCUUGCUAUCAUUCACCAGUUACAUAAAAGAAUUUGGCCAUCUGCUCAGAGAGAAUCAUUAUUUUGGUCACAUUAUAGGAAUGUUAGUGAAUUUAAAGAUGAAGAUUGUUAUGAUGCAUAUAUUGUAUGUAAUCAUGAUAUAGAACGUGAAGAUGUUCCUAUGACAUCAUCUUCAGCAGUACGUGUAGGCCUAAAAAUAGCUAUGUAUUGUCAGACGAUCAUUCUUACAAAAGAUAAACCUAUUGAUCAAUUAUCUAGAAAAGAUGUUGCAGUUAAGGUAGUGUAUGUAGCUCAGGUAAAUCCAGGUGGUUGGCUUCCAAAAGCUCCACUUAUGCAAGUUUAUAAAAGAGAAUAUCCAAAAUUUUUAAGACAAUUCACUUCAUAUGUAGAGGGUAAAAUUAAAUCAGAGAACUUAAUAAUUUAA